AUGCCACCAGAUCCCGUGAAAAGGCCUUGCCAGCCCGCUUCUGAAACCGCAUCUUCUGUUUCCGCCCGCCUACCCGACGACCUUGCAUCAUCCGCGCCCUCAAGUUCUGCCAUAAGCAGACACAGUGGAAGAUCACGCUCAUCCAGCCCAACUCGCGUGAAAGCUGAAUUCGCCGCUGCCACGCCCCGAAUUGUUUAUGUGCAUGAAUCGGCCGACCCUGGGAGUCUUGUUGCGAGAGAGCUACUUGCUAAUCUAUCACACGAUUCCGAAUGCGAUCAAGAUGAAGAUCAAGGGGUGGCUCGGAAGAUUUCCAGCUCAUCAUGCCAAUGCGCCACUGAACUGCGCAGCGAAGGUUCUUGGUUAAUAAAGGUGGCAGGGCCGCUAUUGGAGGGAGCCAUCGCUGAACUGCCGUUGGAAUGUUGGAACAUUCAGACAGAGUCUGGUGAUCCUCAGUAUCAGCCUCGCUACACGGCCCGUGAUACAUACAAUCGCAAGAUCGAUUUAGUGGUUGGUUUACCCGUGGAUCCCUGGAAAGCCGACUAUGAACAAGCGGGGCCUGCUGCUCCAGGAAAAUACUUCAGCCAUAUCUCGCAUCCACACUCCGGGAAACGUAUUUUGGCCCUGGUAUCGAGAUCAAAGCGGCGGAUGGGAAUUUGGUCAAAGCACAAUUUCAACUCGAGGUAUGGAUGA